ACUUGUGAAUUGUUUUAAAUGUUAUAUUUUUGGUGAAUCAAAUCUAAUUUACUUAUAUGUUAAUUUCAACGGUUAAUUUACAUUUAGAGUUGACCUGCAUUGUUAGCGUGUCAUUAAUAACCUCGAAGAGGUAUUGUUCUAUGUGGUAUGCUGUAACUUAUAACUAGUAUUAAUAAGAUGCCAGGAAAAGUAAAGGUACGUGUAUUGGCUGGACGAAAUUUGCCAGUAAUGGAUCGGUCUAGUGAUACUACUGAUGCUUAUGUUGAAGUCAAGCUUGGAAGCACAACAUACAAGACUGAUGUUUGUAGGAAGUCAUUAAAUCCUCAGUGGAAUUCUGACUGGUAUAAAUUUGAAUUAGAUGAUAUAGAACUUCAAGACGAGCCUCUUCAAAUUAGAAUUAUGGAUCAUGAUACAUAUUCUGCUAAUGACGCAAUUGGAAAAGUAUAUUUCAAUUUAAAUCCAUUACUUUUACCACAGCCAACAGUUGUACAAUUAUCAGGUCAACAAAUUUUAUCAGAUACUUUGAUUUCAAAUCAGAGUCAAACAACAGGGGGAUCUGUGGUAUCUGGAUGGUUUCCCGUUUUUGAUACAAUGCAUGGUAUUCGAGGUGAAGUACAUAUCAUUAUAAAAGUAGAACUAUUUUCAGAUUUUAAUAGAUUUCGUCAAUCAUCGUGUGGAAUUCAAUUUUUUUACUCUGGAGCGGGAAUAACAGCACAUACAGAAUGGGUGCAUGGCUUUGUUGAAGAAUUAGUAGUUGAAGAUGAUCCUGAAUAUCAGUGGCUAGAUAAAAUUCGUACUCCUCGUGCUACUAACGAAGCACGACAAACUAUAUUUCUAAAGCUUUCUAAUGAAGUACAGAGACGUAUAGGCUUAAAGGUUUUAGAGCUUGGAGCUAAUGCUGUAAUUGGCUAUAAUCAAUAUUUUGAUUUGGAAGGAGAAUCUGGGAUUGUUGUUCGUGGUAUUGGAACAGMAGUUACAUUAGUGCGACAUUUAACAUUACCAUCAGUAAAUUUAAAUUUGCCCCCAAUAAUUGACGAAAAUAAAAAAUCCUAUUCUAUCCGUAAAAUGUCACCCCACAUUCUGAAAUCAAACACUGUGGAUUUUGCUGAACUGUCUAGUAUGAAAAGCUUAUUUGAUCAAGAAGAUAUGCGUACAUCCAAAUUUAAAAGACGAAAUAGAUUUUUUAAAGCUAUUACUUUCCAAAAUUCUCAACAAAAACAUAAAAAAAAACAAAUGUAUACUUCUUCAGUAGAAUCUGCUAGUUCAUCAUCAGAUCAUGAUAGACAUUAUAAUACUUGUAAUUCAGCUUUAGCAUUUUUAGCACAAGCUACUUUGGAUUUUAAUUCGUCAUUUGACUUACCAUCAGAGUCUGAAGAAACACAACCUUACAGUUCACGUAGUCCAUUAACCAGACAACCUAGUGUUGAUACAAAUCGUUCUAAAUUAUCUCUAGAAUAUUUGUUUCAUCCUAAUGAUCAGGAUGAAAAAACUGUACCUGAUUUAAUUUUACCUUCCUCUAGUUCAUUAAAUUCAAUUUCUGAUUCAACAGCUGAGUCAGAAAUGGCUAUUGGGUUUGAAGUCUCAAAACUUAAUGUACGAGAGUCUUCUCCUUGUAUAUCUGAUAACCCUACCUAUUWCUCAGACUCUUCAGACUCCAUUGAUUCAGAUUCAGUUGAUAUUGUGAGCACAAAUUCAGAAUCUUUAUUUCAAAAGUCAAACACUCCUCCAUUGUCAAGAAUAGUAUGUACUGACAGACCUAAUACUCCUCCAAUUUCUAAAAUUGUUUAUCUAAGCAACACUAAACCGAGUUUUCUUAGUAGCCGUUUAACAGAUAUAUGUAAAUCCAGAAGUGUGUCACCUUAUAACUCAAGUAGUUUUAGUAAUUCACAGAGUACAAUUUUACACAACACGCCGCCUUUACCAAUGGUUUCUAAUUCUGAUGUAGAAUGUAUAAUUAACAAUGAGCCCAGUUUAAUAAAACUCGAAGAAAAUGUUUUUCCUGUUUUCUCUGAUAAUAUAACUGCAUCCGAGUGUUCUUCGCAUGCUUUUAACUGUGAUGACAGGAACGUUGAAACAGCCGAGUCACCUAGCAAAGUCACACACCUUCCAAUGCAUCGAAGGUCAUCAGACUCAGAAAUCAAUAAUACACCAAAAGGUAAUAGUUUGGCGGGAAGUGGAAGUUCAACAGUUAGUUCACAUCGAUCACACGGACAUACAAUGUUUCAUCGCUCAAUUUUAAGCAAAGAUACUUUGGAUGCAAUGGAAUAUCCAUUUCUCACAAUGACCAAAUAUCCUCCUGGUUUUGUUGUUCAUUUAGGUGGUAUGGUAAAUGCCAAAUCAGUUAAACUACUUGAACGCAUGUCCAACAUGGAAGAACCAGAAAGUAGAGACUCUUGGUGGAGUGAAUUAAGACUUGAAAUGAGAUCCCAUGCAAGAGCAUUAUCUUGUAAUGUAAUUUUGGGUUAUUCUGAACAUACUUCAAUAUGUGAUGAUGUGUGUGUAUUGAGUGCAAUGGGAACUGCAGCAGUUGUAAACCUUAUGCCAUCAGUAAAUCCAGGUGGAUAUUUUUCUGGAAUUUAUCCCAAUACUCCUCUUGCAGACAUACCAGAACCUUCAAGUACAUAUGUGAGUUAAUAAUUUACUUCUAAAACAUAAUUACUAAUUAUUGUUGUAAAAAUAAUGAAAAAU